AUGGGGUUCCUCUGCCGCCACAGAGCUGCACCGGCGUCCUUCUCUCUGCUGUGCGAGGAGGACAGCGAGAGCGCGUUCGGCUGCGUUGAUGGUGAUGUGGAGGAGAUGGUGCCGGCGUUGGGGAAGAUGAUGAUGAUGAGUCCUGAUUUCUCUUGCACUUUCGGGUUGCAACUUGGGGAUGAUUGUGACGAGCUUGUGGGGUCUUUCAUGGAGAAGGAGGUGGAGCAGCUGGUUGGAACUGCAAGGGGAGAGUACCUGAAGAAGCUGAGCAAUGGAGGCAUAGAGUUUGCCUGCAGGGUUGCUGCCAUUGAUUGGAUUUUCAAGGUUCAGGCUCAAUACAAUUUUGGACCAUUAUGUGCUUACCUUGCUGUCAACUAUCUGGAUAGGUUCCUCUCUUCGGUACAGUUCUCAAAUGACAUGCCAUGGAUGCAGCAGCUGUUGAUAGUUGCUUGCCUAUCUAUUGCUGCCAAGAUGGAGGAAACUACGGUUCCCGGCACCCUAGACCUUCAGGUUUGCAAUCCAGAAUACGUAUUCGAUGCAAAGACUAUCCACAGGAUGGAGAUUGUUAUACUAACCACUCUGAAGUGGAGGAUGCAAGCCGUGACCCCGUUCUCUUACAUUGAUCAUUUCUUGGACAAGAUCAAUGAGGGGGAGCCACUAAAGUACGAGCUGGUUUCUCGAUGCACCGAGAUCAUACUCGGCACUAUCAAAGUUACUGAGUUCCUGAAAUUCAGGCCUUCUGAGAUUGCUACAGCUGUAGCUCUCUCUGUAGUUUCUGACGGCCGCGUUCUUGACUUGGGCAGUGUUCUUGAGUCUUGUAACAUACCUGUAGAUAAGGAAAAUGUGGGGAGAUGCCAUCAAGCAAUGCAAGAGAUGGCAUUGGUGAUGCUCAACAGCACAGAAAGUCCAUCUGAUGUGUUGGACACCUCAUGUUUCAUCUCUAAGAGUGAUGACAACACAACACCAGGAACAUCACCACCACAAGUUGACAAUGGCAACAGUGACAACAACAACAACCAGGCCUGCACUCCUGCUUCCAAAAGGACAAGGCUAGAGGCAGCACCAAUGUCAUGA